ACUUAAUCUAGUCUAUACGCGUUAUAUACACUGACAAACAAUAUUGACGCUAUACCCAUGACGUGAAAGGCGAAGAAGGGAAGACGUCCACCGAUCCAUCAAAUGCACUAGUAACACGUAUAGGUUUCCAUCGAAUUGCUCUACGGUUGAUACUUACUGCUCAAAACAACAUCAUACCCACCUUACAGUAUAGUAUACCUGUUUACAGUCGGUUUUACAGAACAGUCUGGCACGAAUUGAAAUAUAACUAUAAACUUUAGUCCGACCAAUAUGAUUCAACCGCUUUUGUUCGUGUAUUCGUUGUUGUCCGUUUGCAUUUUUCUGAUGUGCUCGGCAGGUAAACCUGUAUCAUGGUCACACGCAGACAACGUGUCAACAUUAAACAAUAUCUUGCAGGCGAAGGGGUGGAAGGUACUGGUAGCAGAAGCCCUAGAUCAAGAAUUAAAAUCAAUCGACGGCAAAGUAAUGGACCUGUCAGAUCUAUUGAAUAAAGAAACGGACGGCAAUAUAGUCACCCCGGCAAACUACACCGACAAAUUACUAAAAUCUUCGACCGCGGUAAACUGCUUUUACUGCGAAAAACUAAAGUUCAUGAAUGAUAUAUUUAUUGAAGUGAUCGGGGUGCAUUGCAUGAGCCUGGAUUCGGACUCACUUAAGUUGGAUUGCAUGGAACGGUUUUGGGAAACAAUGGACAUACAUAAGUCAUGGAUCGAAAAAAUGCUAGUAGUCCUGAAUUUUUUCCACGAUGCUUCCAAAAACAUGGGCACAACAACACCCAUUAACGCUUUGGAAUUCUUACUACCGCACUACGACCGUCAGAAAUACACUAAAUCAAAUUACUUGGACGAUAAUGAUACGGUCAAGAUAGAUAAUUUCAGGAGGGUUUACGGCUAUUUCCAAGACCAUUUACAAUGCGCAAACCAAAUACUGCAGGACUUUCUUACGGCUCGUUGCUUACCAUCAUUCAACGACCAAAACGAAAAAUCCAAAUACGCCAUAGAUUUAGAAGAAAUGACCUAUCAUGCGACACAUCAGGAUAUCGAUAAGGUAUUUCGCUUUUAUGUUAAAUGUUUAUAUGUGUACGAGAAAACUUUUUCGACUAAUUUAGGGUUCGUUAAGGAACUAUUAUUAGUUUAA